AUGGUUUACUAUCUCUGCAGCUUCCUCAUGGUCCUGGUGUGUCUAAUCUUCAGUGUCCUGUCAACUAUAGAGCAGUAUGCUGAAUUCGCCACUGGAACCCUCUUCUGGAUGGAGAUUGUGCUGGUGCUGUUCUUUGGUACAGAGUAUGUGGUCCGGCUGUGGUCGGCAGGCUGUCGCAGCAAGUAUGCCGGCAUCAAAGGACGUCUGCGCUUUGUCAGGAAACCCAUAUCUAUCAUAGAUUUGAUAGUCGUCAUUGCCUCCAUCAUUGUGCUCGGUGUUGGGUCCAAUGGCCAAGUGUUUGCUACAUCUGCCAUCAGGGGCAUCCGGUUCCUCCAAAUCCUGCGCAUGCUCCAUGUGGAUCGACAGGGAGGAACAUGGAGACUCUUGGGAUCUGUAGUCUUUAUUCAUCGACAGGAGCUGAUCACUACCUUGUACAUUGGAUUCUUGGGGUUGAUCUUUUCGUCCUACUUUGUCUACUUGGCGGAGAAGGAUGCUGUAGAUGAAGAGGGCAAGACAGGCUUCUCCAGCUAUGCCGAUGCCCUGUGGUGGGGUGUGGUCACUGUCACCACAAUCGGCUACGGAGAUAAGAUUCCUCAAACCUGGAUAGGCAAGGCCAUUGCAUCCUGCUUCAGUGUCUUCGCGAUCUCCUUCUUUGCGCUGCCAGCUGGUAUCCUUGGCUCAGGGUUUGCUCUGAAGGUACAACAAAAGCAGAGACAAAAGCACUUCAACAGACAGAUUCCUGCUGCAGCCUCCCUAAUCCAGACACUCUGGAGGUGCUAUGCCCUAGAGAAAUCAGAUGGCAAUGCUUCAACAUGGAAAAUGUACUUCCGGACUCCAGAGGCUGUCAGCACUGCAGAAUCUGACAUCUCAAGCCCCAGCACCAGGAAACUGAAUUUACAGAAAAAAGGGACCAAACGGAGAUUAAAGUCCUCCCGAGGUAAUGGGUCAGAAAGGGCGGUCUCCAUUCCCCAGAUCACCUAUGACCAUAUUGAUGAGUCUGUAGAGAAAAAAGACGUUUCCUUUUUCCUUGAUGAGCCAAGAGGAACUGUUGAAGGAAUCGCCAGAAUGCUCAGACAAACAGGUCUUCCUACUCAUUCAUGGUCAUCUUUUGCUCUGAGCAGCUCUGCUUCUCCAGCAAGGAAGAAUCAUGACAACAACACCUUCAUCGACAUCUCCCGAGCCAACAGUUUAACAGAUGAACUGGACUGCAUGAGUGAGGACAUCCCCCUGCCCGUGGUGACUGACAACACCCAGCUGUCCCAUGCGCAGAGAUCAGCAGUAAAGGUUCUCAGCAGAAUGCAACACUUUGUGGCUAGGAGGAAAUUUCAGCAAGCCCGGAAGCCCUAUGAUGUGCGGGACGUGAUCGAGCAGUAUUCCCAGGGCCACCUCAACAUGAUGGUCCGCAUCAAGGAGCUGCAGAGAAGACUGGACAGCACACUGGGGAAACCAGGAAUGUUUCUUCCAGGAAAAGGAGAAGAUAAAGAUUACCCAACAAUCGGUGCACGACUGAUCAGGCUAGAAUGUAAGAUAAAGGAGUUGGCAGUGUUAUGGCUGGGUUCAGUCAAUUUAUGGAAACGUGCAUCAAUGUGA